GCUGUCGCUAGGCUGGCCGCUUGACGAGGCGGCUUCGGUUGGAGCUCCCCGCCUCGUAACCAAGGAGCGAGCGGCUGCCAUAGCAGAGAGGCACACGGCUCGGCGGCGGUUGCUUUCCCCCCCUCCUCCGCCGCCUGCCUUCCUCCACACACGCCAGGCGCCGCUCCAACCCGCGCGCUCCUCUUGAGCCUUCAAUGGAAAGGGAGAGCCCAGCGUUUUCCCGCUUCGCAGCCUGGGCUCGGCUCCAGUAGGCGCAGGAGGCAGGAGGAAGCAGCAGCAGCGGCUAGGACCAAGUACUGUGCCCGAAUUAGGGGCAUUAAACGAAGCCCAGGCUUUGGUUUUUCAGUCCCUCAGCCUACCCCCCCCCACUGCUUCCUCCUUCCGUUUACUGUCCGGAGAACCGGGGGAAAGGGACAGCAGGAGUGGCUAGAAAAGAAGCACGGGAACGCCUGCUCCUCGCCCGGGUGGUGGUCAGUCUGAUGGCGUCUCACCAGCAAAACAGGAUUCAAGCUUACCUGGAGAAGAACAAGAUCGGGCCCCUCUUCGAGGAACUGAUGACCAAACUGAUAACAGAGACCCCUGACCAUCCAAUCCCAUUUCUCAUUGACCACCUCCAAUCUAAACAUGGGGGACGUAGCCAUCUUCAGAGAACAUUGUCUGGAUCUGCUGCUCUUUGGGCAGAAAGUGAAACUUCAGCAGAAAACAAAGGAACAAGAAGGGACUUCAGAAGUUAUGAUAAACCAUGGCAGACAAAUGCAAAGAAACCUAAAAAAUCAAAGAGUGAUCUUGCUGUAUCCAACAUUUCACCUCCAUCACCAGAGUCCAAAUCAUUGCCAAGAUCAACAGAACACCCCAAAUGGGACUGGAGGCCAAAAUCAGAGCAUCAUGAUUUUGAUGAAUUGAAUCAUAUUCUUCAAGAAAGUAAGAAGCUUGGUAAAGCCCUGGAGAAUCUUUCUCGAAGCAUUGCGAUUUCUGAUGAGCUUGAUAAGGAUUCAGCAGCUUUUAAUUCCCCUCUUCUGCGACCUCGAGUUGUUGGAGAAUGGGUUGGCCGUGAAGAAAAUGAUGCUGAUCCACUGGCAGAUGAAAUGCUACAACCCCCAGUACCAAGAAGCAAGAUUGAACAGUGGGACAGCGAAGAGAGUGGCAGUCCUGGAGGAAGUUUGAAGAUGGAACCAAAGACAAAAGGACUGAAGCACCAGCAACAACAACAUAAGAAAUUACUAGCAGCUAUGCUUUCUCAAGAUUCAUUUGAUUCUGUACAAAGCACAGCUCCUUCAGUAACAGAAGAAGAUAUUGACAAUGAAGAUGAUGCAAUGGAACUGCUGGAGGAUCUUGACGAUUUAAGAAUGGAAGGGGUAACCACUGUCAUUUCUUCUGGGAGCAAAUUUAAUCAAACUCGAAGCACUCAUACAGCUGAACUGCAAGCUAAGGUCACAUUAAACAUUUGUGCCAGGUGUGCCAGACUUCAAGGAGAUAAUUUGACAGAAAGAACAGAGGAUGUAUCUGUUGCCUCGCAGACACUAGACCAAGAAGUUUCGGAAGCUAUUGCACCUGGAGCAGAAAUCUCCAUGGAGAGCAGUGAUGACCUGGAGAAUAUACCCCAAGCAACAGAACAAAAUCAAACAGAUUGGGAUCUAGACGUUAUGGGUUCCAGAAAUGAAGACUCCCCAAGCCAGAUCAUAUUAAAAGAUUCAUUGGCUGUAAAAGAACUGCAAACCAUGGAAAAACACCUGGCUGACAUUGAAAAGGACCUAGCGCUGUGGGAAGAAGGAAGACUAUCAAGGAAUAUUAGUAGUCCACCAACUAAUUUAGUUUCGCUAGAUCACCAAGGAAAUUUUAAGGUUACACCAAGCCAGGAUUCAGGACCUCAAGUGCCAAUUCUGACUGGGAAAGAUAUUCAGCUGCAGCUUCAAAGAAACAAAUCACCACCAUUAUCCAGUAACAGUAGACUGCAGGUCUCCAGUGUCAUAAACAGUAGGCCUCAGUCUCCUAAUAGACAGAUCAACCGAUCUUCUGUGAUACCAACUCCAGCAAACAGGUCUGGAACCCCAAAUACUUUGUUACAAAGGCCUCUUUCCCUUAGCAACCAAGGAAACAAGGAAGCAAUUAUUAGAAUGCCGAGAAGCCGGUCUUUGAUAUCAAAGAACCAACUUAGGAGGACUGUCACCACUCCCACAGGAUUCCUUGAAACAAGCGGAGACACUCUAGGAAAUGUCACUCAAAGAAGCAGUUUGUCUGAAGAUGAAUUCUUACAACAACUUCAUCUUGCUCAACUGCCAUGGAUUAAGCCAAGUGAUACCGAAAGUGAAGGAGUGGAGGGAGAUCCUGAUAAAUGUAAUAUUUACUACAUUCUUCAGUUUCAAGAUAAUAACAGUCCAGGUGUAAACUGAUUUUGAACAGGGAGAGAAGACACAGCUACCAAUCCAGGUGAACCUGAAAUAAACUUGACAGUCAACAAGUGAAACCUGAACAGUUUGUGAAUGAUACCAGUGGAAGGAAUGAAGAAUGGUUUCCCAUAAAUCUGCAAGUGAAAAGAUACUUUCACUUAAUUUAUAUAAAACCUAUUUUUAUAAAUUUAACAAAAUGUCAGUGGGAGUAUUUUAAUGUACGAAUGCUAAAAUGCACUGCACCAUACUUCUGUGGUGCAGUGGCCUUAGGUAAAGAUGGUUAACAGUCACUUUUUAUUAUAUAAUCCUAAUACAAUAUAUUUUGUUUAAUUUAUACCCCUCUUAUUUUGGAUUGACAUUUGAUAUAUUAGAUUUUACCUGUUAAGAAAGACAUUUCCUUAAAGAUUUUAUGUCUUUAACUUGGCUGACAUUUUCUAUUCCUUAUAUUUUUCUAAACUAUUACCAUUUUUAAAUCAAUAAACAUUUAAAGUAUUUAAACCACAUCUGCCAGAAUGUAGAUAUAUUCUUCACACAUAAUUAUUGCAGAAAGUGGCUGAGACAAUAGAUAGUAAUGAAUGAGUUAUAUCUCUCUGUGCAUUCAAACAAGCAUCACUAACAGUAAUCAUCUUUUUAAUACACUUUUUACAGAGUUCUAUUUCGAUCCUCCAGAAAACAUUAAAUGAGCUAUAAUGUAGAAUGCAGCAUGCAUAACAUAACUGAGCUCUUCUGCUUUCUUAUAUGAUAUUAUUUACCUGUAUUCUAAAUGGCUUAAGCAAUUGACAAUUUAUUGUAUGUAUGUGUUUCAAACAGUUUAAUCUAUUCUGGGUCUGGAUAUAAAAUUUGUGGAGAAAUUUUCAAUGAAGGAGCUGUUAAAAUGAAUAUAUUUGCAGAAUCCAUUUAACAAUUUACACUGAAAUCCUCUAGACAUGUACAUGGAAGUAUGGCCAUUAAAAUGACCUAUUUAUUAUGGAUAGACAUGCAUAGGACUGCAGAGCUAUUUGAUGAAGCAUGGGUUUGGUUUAGUGCCUUCAUUUUUCUUUGAUUUCUGUUUCUUAAUCAUAGCUACAUAAUACAUUUGCCUGCUGCUGUUGCAAUACAUAUGUUGUCAGAUCAAAAAAAAUUAA